CACCCCACGUGACGUGCGGCACCUCCCCCUCCCCGCGGCCGCGCGGCGUCGCUCUCCGGGCAUUUGAACCGCGCUUCCGCCAUCUUCCCAGCGCCCAGUCACUGCGCGGAGCGGCGCUGAGAGGAGCCUCGCGGAAGACCCAGCAUGGCCGCCCAAGGAGAGCCCCAAGUGCAGUUUAAGCUUGUCCUGGUUGGUGAUGGUGGCACUGGUAAAACAACAUUCGUAAAACGUCAUUUGACUGGUGAAUUUGAGAAGAAGUAUGUAGCAACGCUGGGUGUUGAAGUUCAUCCUCUGGUGUUCCAUACUAACAGAGGCCCUAUUAAAUUUAAUGUAUGGGACACAGCUGGCCAGGAGAAGUUUGGUGGUCUGCGAGAUGGCUAUUACAUCCAAGCCCAGUGUGCCAUCAUAAUGUUUGAUGUAACAUCAAGAGUUACUUACAAGAAUGUACCUAACUGGCACAGAGACCUGGUACGGGUAUGUGAAAACAUCCCUAUAGUGCUCUGUGGCAACAAAGUGGAUAUUAAGGACAGGAAAGUCAAGGCAAAAUCCAUUGUCUUCCACAGGAAGAAGAAUCUCCAGUAUUAUGACAUUUCAGCUAAGAGUAACUACAACUUUGAGAAGCCUUUCCUCUGGCUUGCUAGGAAGCUAAUUGGAGAUCCCAACUUGGAGUUUGUUGCCAUGCCUGCUCUUGCACCACCUGAAGUUGUUAUGGACCCAGCACUGGCAGCACAGUAUGAGCAAGACUUACAGAUUGCUCAAACCACUGCACUGCCAGAUGAAGAUGAUGACCUGUGAGGGAUGAAGCUGGAGCCCAGCGUCAGAAGUCUAGUUUUAUAGGCAACUGUCCUGUGAUGUCAGUGGUGCAGCGUGUUUGCCACUUUAUUAUCUAGCUGAGCAGAACAUGUGCUUAAUCUUGGGAUGCUGAAAGAGAUGAAUGGGCUUCGGAGUGAAUGUGGCAGUUUAAAAAACAAACAAAACAACAAAACAAAACCAAAACUUCAUAUUUUGGACCUGCAUAUUUAGCUGUUUUUUGGACUGCAAUUACUUCCCCUUUUGAGUUUCAAAUAUAAGACUACUGCAGUCACACAGAGUGUUAAGUGGUAAAUCUUGUUUCUGUCAUUCCCAUUCUUUUUUUUUUUGUUUAGAUAAUAAAGUUGUAUUUCAAAUA